AUGGGAGAGGUGCAUUGCUGGAUUGGACCGACACACCGGGCCCAGCCUCUGGCAGGGCUGUCCCGGAGCUGCUCCGAGUCUCUGUCCAGUAGUCACAUCUUUAGCACCUACCAUAGCUUCAGUUGCAAAAGCCCAGCCUUCAACAUGAUGAAAGUCGUAAUCCUCGCUUUGGCUUGUCUCGCCUUGGCAACUGCCGUUCCCAUGAUGAAGUAUGGCAAAUAUGGCGGUCUCGGUAUGGGCUUCGGUGGAUAUGGCAUGGGCAUGGGAUACGGCGGACUCGGCGGAUUUGGCGGAUAUGGCGGAUAUGGCAUGGGCAUGGGAUAUGGCGGACUCGGCGGAUUUGGCGGAGUUGGCGGUUACGGCAUGGGCUAUGGUGGAUUGGGCAUGGGCUUUGGUGGAUACGGCAUGGGCUAUGGUGGAUACGGAAUGGGCUUCGGCAAAGGCGGAUUCGGCAUGGGCUUCGGCAAAGGCUACGGUUACGGCAAAUGAAAAAUGAUGAUGUACUACUAGGUGCUAACUCUGAAAGGACAAUCCACCAAAGACUACAGUAUUUCUGAAUUUUAAAACCUCAUUUCAUGUAGGCGUUUACACAAUAAAAUUUGCAAUACAAAA